GAUUAGGAGCAGAGAGGUGGGAAUGUAGAACUGGGUUGGGAACUGGCGUUUUCGUCGUACAGCACACCGCGGCUCCCCGAACCUUACCCGCCCGGCGGGGGAGACGCACGCCCAAGGAGGAUAACAGCACUGACUGUUUCUAGCCCCCAAACCAGUCUCGCCUUCUGAUCUGGAUCAAGCAAUUAAGCCCAGGAUAUAUAUAUAUAUAUAUACACACAUAUAUAUAUCUCCUGUAAAUAUAUCCAUUUCUCACCUUUAAAAGAAGUUUCACCCCGAGAACAAAUUGUUAUGAUGUCGGUAGUAACAGACCAGGCAUUUGUGACUCUGGCUACCAAUGAUGUUUACUGUCAGGGUGCCCUGGUACUCUGCCAAUCUCUGAGACAUCACAAGACCACAAGACGGAUAGUUGCUCUAUUUACACCGCAGGUCUCCAGCAAUAUGAGGCGUGUCCUUGAGCAUCUAUUUGAUGAGGUCGUAGAGGUUAAUGUCCUUGACAGCGGUGACUCUGCCCACUUGGCCCUGUUGACAAGACCGGAACUUGGUGUAACGUUUACCAAAAUACACUGCUGGUGCCUCGUUCAGUAUUCAAAGUGUGUGUUCAUGGAUGCUGAUACUUUGGUGUGUAAUAACAUUGAUGACCUCUUUGAAAGAGAAGAGCUCUCUGCUGCCCCAGAUCCUGGCUGGCCAGACUGCUUCAAUACUGGGGUGUUCGUCUACAGGCCUUCCAUUGAAACCUACAAUCAGUUACUGCAGUUUGCCACUGAGAAUGGUAGUUUUGAUGGAGGAGACCAAGGCUUGUUGAAUAGCUUCUUCAGUAGCUGGGCUACAAAGGAUAUCCACAAGCACCUACCAUUCAUCUACAACCUCAGCGGCAUUGCCAUAUAUAGCUACCUCCCUGCCUUCAAGCAGUUUGGUUCUGCUGUGAAAGUGGUUCAUUUCCUAGGACCAACCAAGCCCUGGCAUCACAAGUACAACGCUCAGACAAAGAGUGUUAUCCUGGAGAACAUGUCACCCUCAGACUCCAUGUUUAUAGACUUUCUGAAUUUGUGGUGGGACAUAUACACUACUUGCAUUUUGCCUUUGUUGGCAGAACAUGACGUUGUAGAGAAAAAGAGUGAACACCAGAUGCAUCAAGCAGGCGAUCUCCAGGUCAACAUGAAGCGUCAGGAAGAAGCUGUUGCACAUGAGGAACCCAUCACCGUGACGAAGGCCUUGGAGCCAGAGGCUCCCACAAAGCCUGCUGAAAUAAAAGAAACUGUAAGCCCUGGCCCAUCUGUGUCGACUAAACAACAGCACUAUUUUGCAUAUAAUCGUACAGAUAAUGUAAGACAGCAGAAUGUGACAUUACCCGCUGAACCCAGUAUGUCGUCUUUGGAAAUGGAUAUGGAAAUGAUGUCUCCUCCUGUCACACCCGAGCCGGGUAAACAAGAGGACCUAGCAGCCUCUUUUGCUGACUUGUCCUUAGAGGUGGCACCAAAGCAGCCCUUACAAACAGAGGAAAGGCGGAGAUGGGAAGAAGGAAAUGUGGACUACCUGGGAAGGGACGCUUUUGCAAACAUUCAGAAAAAGUUGGACCGGUUUCUGAAGUAGUGCGUCAGAUGGUGAUCAUGCACUGUUGGGCCAAAAUACUUUUUUGCUUAUAUAUAAUAUGGAUGGCAGUUCAAUCCUGAGGCAAAGAAAAAUAUUGACUGUCCAUUUAAUAUUGCCUUGUAUAUAGAUUUUUGUUUUUGGAUGAACGUGUGUAUUUUUUUUUUACAUUCAUUAGUGCUAUUAAAAAGCGUUUGCUGAUUA